GUGUGUGUGUGUGUGUGUUGUUAAUCAUGUGAUGCAACUUUGAUCCAAUUGGGAAAGAGACGAGUGAGGCUCCUGGCUCAUGAGACAAGCGUUUUCAAACAGUCAAUGGCACACACACACACACACACAGUGUGUGCAGAGCCCCGGGCGUGAGCUACGUGUGUUACAAGUAGUUGGAAAUCCUCCAAGCCGAUUGCCCAGAUUCUCUCUCCUUAUUGUGAACGGAUCCGCUGACGGAGGGAUCGGGAGCCGGCAGGUGAGGCUGCCGGGCUGAAAGAACUCGUGCAAUUCGGAUGUAUCUUCCCGGGCCCUGACAGCUGCCAGCGUCCCGAGCGGGGUCUGCUCCGUUCUGGGGGUCGGCCCGGAUAGUUCUCUGCAUUUUAACUCUGUCGUGGCAGUCUUUCACCUUGGACGCGAAUCUCUCUCUAAUCUUUUUUUCUGGGAACCCGCGCUCUGACUUUCUCUAGUUCUGUGCUCUGAGAGAAUCCUCCUCUGUCUAUCUCUCGCUCCCCUCACCUCUCUUCAUCCCCUUACCUCUUCCUCUGUCUCCCUUCCCCUCACCUAUCUUCCUCUUCCUCCCUUCAGCCUUCCCUUUCUCUCUUACUUCACCUUUCUCCUUCCCCUCCUCUAUUCCCUUGCUUUCUACUUCCAUCCACACCCUCCUUCCCAUCCCUGUUCUCUCCCUUUCCCCUCAAACCCUCCGUCCCCACUCUCUCUCCCUGUCUUUCUCCCAUCUUCACCGCACCCCUCCGCUUUUGCCGCACCUCCCCGCUCUGAUCCCGGCUCGGAAUUCCCCUCACCCCGCGCUGCGAGAGCCUGCUCCGGGUGUUAUGCACCUGCUGGCGCCGGCGCUGCCGACGGUGUGUGACGGCGGGAGGACCCUUGAACAUGCCGGUCAGGAGCGGCUACAACUUGGUGGACGAUGUUGGCGACCCGAGGACUCCGCUGCACAACGAGGAGGCUUUCCAGCACGGCAUUCACUUCCAGGCCAAGUACGUCGGGAGCCUGGACGUGCCGAGGCCAAACAGCCGUGUGGAGAUAGUGGCGGCUAUGCGGAGGAUUCGGUACGAGUUUAAAGCCAAGAACAUCAAGAAGAAAAAAGUGAGCAUUGUGGUGUCAGUGGACGGAGUGAAGGUCACAAUGAGGAAAAAGCAAAAGAGGAAGGAGUGGACGUGGGAUGAGAGUAAGAUGCUGGUGAUGCACGACCCUAUCUACAGAAUAUUCUAUGUAUCGCAUGACUCCCAAGAUUUGAAGAUAUUCAGCUAUAUUGCCAGGGAUGGUAUCAGCAAUACCUUCCGAUGCAACGUGUUUAAGUCGAAGAAAAAGAGCCAAGCAAUGCGGAUUGUUCGUACAGUGGGACAGGCCUUUGAGGUUUGUCAUAAGCUGAGUUUGCAGCAUGCAGAGCAGAAUGCAGACGGAGCAAGCGACAACGCAACAGAGGAGCAACCUUCCGGAGGUUACCAGGUAGCUCGAGCAGAGCGGAAUGGGAGAGUAGACAAGGAUGCGGAACUCUACAACUCCAGUGACUGUGACGGGGCAGAGGUGGAAAUCGAUAAGUCAGUGCUUCGCCUUGAGAAGAACUACCAGGAUUCCAGGGAAGGGACUCCUUUUGCGUCGUCCUCUCAGCUGGCACAAUCUCCCAGCAGCCAUUGCUCCUCGCUGACUCCACUGGCUUCCCAUCACCACUUGCAGCUGCUCCAGUCCCAACUUCUCCAGCAGCAACAGCAGACGCAGGUGGUCAUGGCUCAGGUGCACCUACUGAAGGACCAGUUAUCGGCCGAGACGGCGGCCAGGAUGGAGUCACAGGCUCGCAUUCACCAGCUGAUGCUGCAGAACAGAGACCUCCUACAGCAUCUCUCUCUCUUGGUCGGGCACCUCAAGGACCUGGAGAUGAGGCUGAGUGCCCAGCAGUCAGCUGAUCAGAGUAUAAGCUCUAUUUCGGAGCAGAUUUCAUUGCUGAAUCUUCAACACCACGACCUCAUCAUGAAUAUUCCUUCCACCUCGACCCCUGGAAAUGUUGUGCUUGGUUCUCCAGCGCCCAGCAACCUGGGUCGCAUCCACCAGGCUCAGUCCUUGGGGAAAGCGAAUGUCGAACUGACACUGGAGACGAGCAUCUGCCCAACAAUGAACGGGAAGGAAGAGGCAAGCGGGAAGGUCGAAGGCUCGGUGGCGAACGGGAAAAGGAAUGCCAGGCGAGAGGUUGUGGGUUCUUUGACGUUUGACGACUUGAGCCAGGAAACAAAGUCUGAAAGGUUUAAUCACGCCAUUCCGCGACUCAACCCCCCACCAGCUGCCACAAGAAAGCGCCAGACGAGGUCCCUCCCUUUCGCUGUCGAGCCCACCUCGCAGUGCGCUGAGCAGGUAAUGGUCAACAGUCUGCACCAGACCUCGCACGAGUCCAGUUUCACAGAUGUUUCCUCCUGCACUUUUGCUCCGUCUGAGUUUGAUUCGGAAGCCUGGCCGCCCACCGACGAGAGGUUUUGCCCCAUGGAGCUCCAGACGGCCGCUGGGAAGGACGGGACGGCCGCCACCCCGCCUGCUCGCUGCGGACACCAACCUGGAAAAUCAAACCCUCAGGUAGAUCUUCCUCUCAGUACCCUGGCCAGCAGCCGCAAGGGGCCUCUGGACCACACCGACAGUACCCUGCCCUUUUCUCCACCACUCAACGAGACCUGCCUACACAUCAGCUUCUCAGAGGAUGAGCUUCUGGACAACAGCACAGAAGACUCAAUAGUACAGCAAACUGCCUCGGUGCAAGUCACAGAUGAUCUAACAUCUCGCUAAACCUUGUACUCAUUGCUGCCAGUGACUUCCCCCAGCUAAUCUAGUCCUUUUGAAGCUUUGUAAGGGCUUCGAAGUCCUUUCCUCUUGCAAGAUCCAAGGGUUAUUUUCUAUCCCAUUCCCAGGAGGAGAACCAGGGUUUAUCUGAGACUCUAUGGACAUUAAUUUCCAAAGUCCAGUCAGUGACAAUUUCCCAAGAUGUUCUGGCCUCAUCCUGGAGCGGGUUCCAAAACCAGAAAGGCACAUGCUCAACACUCACACGUGUUCCAACUACCAGGAAAUGGAGGAACUAAAGUAGAGUGUACCACGUUUGUAGUGUCCACAAUGUCUAUGCACAAGGACUACUCAAUUGCCUUUUACCUUUUGGUUUUUUGGAGAAAAAUAAAUGAGCAGUUUAUUGUAUGUUGCUACCACUGACCUUGAUCUCUAGAAGUGAGCCAUCCGAUGUAUAACAGUUUUCCUACUGCCGGCAAUGGGCUCUCCACUGUAGGGAACAUGCUCCUUAACUGCAAAUGAUAAUAUUUGGCUGCCGUUAUGCUCCUAGAAGACUGAUGCUUUUGUCCUUUUGUUGGGUUGCCAUAGACUGAAAGGCUUUAAAAAUAAAUUGGUUUUAUACUUUAUAAAUAUUAACCUAAAAACCUAUCAAACGUGCUGCGUGUGUGUUGAUUCUUGCCAUGAGUUGGUCUGUGAAGGUGCCUCUUCCACCAGCCCAACAGGUUGUCGCAUUGACAGGCACAAGACCUUGAAUCGUGUGGUGGGCAGUCAGGGAGUAUUGUAGACCCCUCUACUGGCCUCCCACGUUGUGGCUUCGCCCUAUUUCACCACAUCAGUUCUUGACCAUCUCCUGCAUACUGAGCUGGUUUCAGUUCUUAUCUCCUCUGCUUCCCUCUAUCAGUGUAAAAUCUUACCGUAUCCUACAUUAUGAAAUGGAUUGCGGUUUAAUCGCUGAACUGUUUAUUUAUUUAUUUAGUGAUACGGCACGGUGUAGGCCAAUCUGACCCUUCAAGCUUUGCAACCCCUGACAAACCUGAUUAACCCCGACCUAAUCAAGGGUCAAUUUGCAAUGAUUAAUUAACCUAACCAGUCCAUCUUUGCCCUAUGUGAGGAAAACCCAAGCAUUCCACAGCGAGGAUGUCCAGAAACUCCUUACAGAACGGCGCAGGAAUUGAACUCCAACCUCCAGAGCACCCUGAGCUGUAAUAGCAUCGCGCUAACCGCUAGCUACGCGACUGUGGCACCCAACCAGUAACCUCGUGACUCUUGGGUUGUUUCUGCUUUCCACCCAUCAGAGAAUAUGUCCCUCCUCCAUCACCCUGACAGGAGUAGUUCCUGAACUUUGGUGCAACUUUUCCUCUCACAUCCAAAGAUGAGCAGGUCGCUAAAUUGAUAGUCCCAGUAAGUUGUACAAUUAGACCUAGUGUGUUGUCUGAGUGUGUAUAUUUGGUAGGAUUGGGGUGGAAAUUAAUAGAGGGAGAAUAAAAUAGAUUAGGAUAGUCAGUGUGGGCUGAAUGAUUUGUUCCCAUAAUGGAUCUCUCUCUGACUAUACGUCCAAAUGGUUCUCCUGACCUUCAGCUUUGUCUGGCUUUGAGUCUGAUGGAGAGCAGACUGGAAGCCCAGACCUGCACCCUGGUAUCCUUGUUCUAGGGCACCCGGAAGGCUUGACUCUCAGUAAGGAAUUGAUUGCAAAGUGCAGGACUUGCACACCGUAUUCGCAUCUCUGGAGGUGGACAGCACAGCCCUGACUAUAGAGGCAGCUCCAUUCCACCAUGCCUGCAUUGUUAACAUUCAAUAAUACCCGUCACCUUGUGGCGGGGGUUCAAUAUGGAACUCCUACUUUACCUUGACAUAACCUCGAUGCUUUCUGUGUAGCCAUCUUCUCCGUUAUAAAUUCCUGUGUAAAGAGUUUGUGUUCACAGUCCAUGGGUUACUACUGAGCAGCCGGUAAACCUGUCUCUAAUUCCCUGCCUGUUACGUGACUUGGCAAUCAGCAAAACAACAAGAAUAGCUUUAUUUGUCCAUAUACACCACAGUGAAAUAGGUGGUGGUUGUCCAUCAUGUCCGACGAUGACAGGAAAGCUGUGUGGGAGGUUUUUAAAGUUGGGAAAGUCGUUGCACUGGGGCAGUUCCACUGUCUCGACCUCGGAAGUCUGGGUCCAGUGGUACGAACAAGCGUCACAGACUGGUAUCUUCCUCGGUUGCAGUGGAUGGCCGUGACACCUGUGCCUUGUCAUGCCCUUCACUCUCCACGGAACAUUGCGGGACCUCCUACCUGGCCAUCGGAUCUCACUGUAGAUCUCAUCUGCCCAGUCCAAUGGAGCGGACUUCGCAUGCCAGGACAGGCACGUCCCUAUCUCACCGGGGUACAAGGCCACCGGCUGCCCUCACUUGGUUUGGCCCGCCUGUACCAGGGUGUGGCCGCUGUCACAUGCAAACAGCGACUUGGAGCCAUCGGCGAGAGUUGAGUGUCCGGUGAGCUGUAAGGGUGAGUGAGGUGCCUUGGAAUGGACACGACAAGCCCCUUCACCAGAGAUGCCACCCUGGACACACCGUACUCCCCCCACUCCCCCGGUGAAAUAUGUACAUACAGUGAAAUACGUCGUUUGCGAAAAAUCAAAUCGGCGAACAUUGUGCUGGGGGCAGCCCGCAAAUGUCACCACACAUCUGUGCAAGCAUAGCACGCCCACACCUCACUGACCAUAACUCUAACCGUACGAUUUUGGAAUGUGGGAGGAAACUGGAGCACCCGGAGAAAACCUGCAUGGUCCUGAGGAGAAUGUGCACCCUCCUUACAGACAGAACCAGAACUAGAAUCAGGUUUAUUAUCACCGGCCUGUGGCGUGAAAUUUGAUAACUAGGCAGCAGCAGUUCAAUGCAAUACGUAAUCUAGGAGAGAGGAAAAAAAUAAAAUAAAUAAAACAUAAACAAGUAAAUCAAUUUCACAUAUUCAAUAGGUUUUUAAAAACGUGCAAGAACAGAAAUACUGUAUAUUAAAAGGAUUGAGGUAGUGUCCAAUGCUUCAAUGUCCAUUUAGGAAUCGGAUGGCAGAGGGGAAGAAGCUGUUCCUGAAUCACUGAGUAUGUGUCUUCAGGCUUCUGUAUCUCCUACCUGAUGGUAACAGUGAGAAAAGGGCAUGCCCUCGGUGCUGGUGGUCCUUAAUAAUGGACGCUGCCUUUCUGAGACACCGCUCCCUAAAGAUGUGCUGGGUACGUUGUCGGCUAGUGCCCAAGAUUGAGCUGACUAGAUUUACAAUCUUCUGCAGCUUCUUUCGGUCCUGUGCAGUAGCCCCUCCAUUCCAGACAGUGAUGCAGCCAGAAUGCUCUCCACGGUACCUGCAGAGGCAGGAAUCGAACCCUGAUUGGCGGUUGCUGGGGCUGUAAAACGAUGCGUUAACAGCGAUGCUAUCCUGCUUUCCAGGUAUAAUUCCGGAAAUUCUAGACUUUGUAAAGAUUUCUCAGGUAGCGUGUAUUUUGACAUUGCCUUUAGGAAUGUUGGGGGACUUCCACUACAAGCCUUCCAGGGGAGGGAAGCAAGUUAUCUCUCUAGGUUCUGAAGACAUUGCCACUGUGUGUCCUUUGAACACAGAAAGCACUUAUGAUUACCAUACAUGAAUUCGACCUCCAUAUCUCCUUUGUGGAUGUGCUAAUUGUCCUGUCCAGCUAAACCGAGGGAGCAGAAAAUGGUGUCAGUGUCAACAAUACAAAAUUCUCUUGGCCAUUGAAGACAGGAUAAUGAGAGAUGGGUGGUUUACUGAUCUGAAGUUUAUGACUAGUUGUGUUUCACAGGGAUCAGUGCACCUAGAAUGCCUUAUUUAUGAUUCUUUGCUAUCAUUUUCACCAGUUUGCAGCACUGACUAUAAAUUUAUCUUUGCCCAUUGUAGCUUUACUCUGUGAAGAGCACUGUAAGUACAUCGAAAGCCUGUGUUCCAUGUUUCAAUAUUAACGUGACCUUGUUUCGUCACUGCAGCUGGUUUUAUGUCUCAGUUGGAUCUUUAUCUCAAGGCUCAAUGAAUUGUCUCUUCCUGUCUGCAUGCAGUACGCUCAGGAACAACUCACAGCUUUCAAUUUCAAUCUUUUUUUUUCACAGAAAAUAAAGGCUGUUGGUUUUGAUUAUUAAACGCAUAUCAUCACAGGGUUACAGGACUCCAACUCCCAACUCCAUAUUGCCACUGUGAGGAAGCACUUACAGUAUGAAGCCGAACACUCCGACUGCCCCACAGGGUUCACACAAUCUUUGCCCCUUAUUUAAAUUCCUUUAUGGCAAACGACCGCCAAGUUUUAACAGGUUCUUCAGGAACAAAGGCUCCCAUGCUACUUCGAAGAAUGUCUAUGGAUUUGGGAAGAUUCUCAGCCCCCUCCAAAGACUGGAGAGUUCAAAGGUCAAAGUAAAUUUAUUAUCAAAGUAAAUAUUAUGUCCCAUACGCUACCCUAAGAUUUAUUUUUUGCAGGCAUUUACAGUAGAACAAAUAAAUACGAUAGAAUCAAUGAAAAACUACACACAAAGACUGACAAGUAACCAAUGUGCAAAAGAAGACAAACUUCAAUAAUAAUAAUAAUAAUUCAUAAUUAAUACAUAAAUAAUACUGAGAACAUGAGUUGUAGAGUCUUUAAGCAGUGACUUGGAGCCAUAGGCGAGAGCUGUGUGUCUGGUGGGCAGCAAAGGUGAAUGAGCUGCCUUGGAAUGGACACAACAAAUCCCUUAGGUUGUGGAAUCAGAGUUGAGGAUAUUCAUAAACACGAGAGAUUCUGCAAAUGCUGGAAAACUGAGCAACACACACAAAAUGCUGGAGGAGCUCAGGAGCGAGGCGGCGUCCGUGGAAAAAGUACAGUCGAUGUUUCGGGCCGAAACCUGCCGAAAUAUAGAUUGUGCUUUUUUUCCAUAGAUGCUGCCUGGCCGGCUGAGUUCCGUCAGCAUUUUGUCUGUGUUGAGGUUAUUCGUGCUGGUUCAGGAGCCUGAUGGUUGAAGGGUAAUAACUGUUCCUAAACCUGGUGGUGUGGGACCUAAGGCACUUGUACCUCCUGCCUAAUGGCCAUUCUCACUAGGAUCCCAGUAUCUUUGGUCCCUUACACCAUGCCACCAAAGCUGAACACCAGCUCUGUGAACUGGACCCUCUUCUACCUGAGCACUCUACAGCCCAGAGGACUUAAUACCGAAUGCAACAUCCUCAGAUACUGAUUGAAUUUAAGUGCUUUUUGAUACAAACUGUGGGGAUUUUCCAGUGUGUUUCUUAAUAUUUUUAUUUCCAUUCAGAAGUACAAACUUCUGGCUAAAAUUUCUUGGUACUUAAUCUGUUACCCUAGGGAGGCUUAGGUCCCACACCACUAGGUUCAGGAACAGUUAUUACCCUUCAACCAUCAGGCUCCUGAACCGGCGUGGAUAACUUACUCACCUCAACUCUGAACUGAUUCUACAACCUAUCUCCCUCUGGUGCUCCUUCCCCCUUCCCUUUCUUCCAUGGCCUUCUGUCCUCUCCUAUCAGACUCCCUGUAUCUCUUUCACCGAUCAACUUCCCAGCUCUUUACUUCACCCCUCCCCCUCUCCCGGUUUCACCUCUCACCUUGUGGUUCUUCCUCCCCUCCCCUCACUUUCUUACUAUGACCCCUCAUCUUUUUUUUCAGUCCUGAUGAAGGGUCUCGGCCCGAAGCAUUAGUCAUAGGCAUAAUCAUAAUUUAUUGAUCCCGGGGGAAAUUGGCUUUCGCUACAGU